UUGAGGCCACAAGAUGCCAGCGACGCGAAGUGAACUUGCGGCCGGAAGUCAAAACAGCGCUGACAGCACUUGCCCUUGGACACCUGCACCCCCCCGCAAGGGCCCGCAUCCCUGCACUUUGUGUCCGAAUCGAAGACGAUGGACACCGGCAGCGAAGAAUCACAGCUGAACAGACGCGCCCGUUCUUCAACAAACCCUCCCACUUCACGCUCUCAUCGCACGCGCCCAUCCAUCGAUGCUACACGUCUUGCUCGCCAGCAGCAGACUUGCACAAAGCCAGACCUUUCACGUUUGCCCUCCGACUCCAGCGCUUCUGACCGCUGUUCCAACUCGCGCGAUUCGCAACAACAACAAACAGUGACCUCACCGCGUGCGACCGCCAGCUUCACAAGAGCGCGUGGCCUCAGCAUCUCCUCUCCUUUUCAAACUGCUUCUCCGACCUCGUGUACACUAUCUGCCAACGAAUACUUCUCUCCGCAACCAUCCUCUUCCGCUAGUGAAGCUCGUUCGCCAGCUUUUCGAAGACCGCCAGCUUCCCACAGCAGCCAUGGUUUAGAGACCUCGCGUGGCCCGCCCAUUGCCCUGAUAUCUAGGGGAUCCUACUCUGCUGAUAUCGCGCGACAUAUCGAAGGCAAAGGUCAAGGCCGCUCAGACUUUGGGCUCGCCCAGGCGCAGCUCCUGCAGCUAGGACUCAUAAGUCCGGGUGGAACUGUGAGGAAGAACAAAGUAGAAGGAAGAGCCUCUGCAGUCAGCAGUCGAAGCAGCUCGCUUGAUAGACGAGAUUCUUCUGUGGAGGAUCAAAACAGGAAGCAGAAGAUGGAAAAAGACGACCCUGUCAGUAGCCCCUUGGACGGCUCGGAACAAGAGGUUUCGCGUGACACUCACGAAAGCCGAAGAUGUGAGACUGAGACUGGGAAUGACACCAACCGGAGCUCGACUGGCGAGGAUCUCUUCUUGAACAUCGCGGAAGACACUCCGCAGGCGGCAGAGGACGAAAAAGUGACCAGACGCAGAUCACGCAUAGCCCGAGCGUCUCAAAGGCAAUCCCUGCCCACGAACACUUACUCCAGCUCCACAGUACGGCCUAGCUCGAAAGUGAGAGAUCAAUCACCAAUGUCAGUCAGCUCAACUGAGCACAGGGUCCGCGGUAUACCUCAACCUUCCCCUAGUCCGUUCUCUGCACGACCCCGCGAACAAGAGGUACAAGGUUUGCCGCAUUACAGUAAGAGACGUCUAUCCAACACCGAAUCGAGUUUUACCCCACCGAACCGACUUCAGACUUACAGACGGUCGAAUCUGCAAUAUACAUCUUCGCACCACGACAAUGCCGUACAGGAUGAGGCAGUGGUUCACAGAGCGAAUUCCCGCACAUUCAGCCAGGCAGAAGGCACUGAAUCUGUCGAUUCUGGCCCCGCCCCAUCCACUGUCUGGGAUGAACUUGAUGAGAUGAAGCUUAGAAUCAAAGAGUUAGAGGCCAACAGACACCCACAAUCAGCUCCUGGACCUGCGAUGUCGAGUGUGUCUAAUGAUAGACCGAGAACAGCGACAACGACAGUCACAACCAUAUCUUCCUCGCCCAAGCAUCGACGGAAGGCAAACUCUCCUUCAGAACAGGCCAAUGACCUCGCCUCCACGUUGAAUGACGCUUUGGCUCGGUGUAGGGACUACCUAUCCCCGGUUGUGUAUCGCUCCCUUGAAACAACUGCUACCGAAGCACUAGAGCUAGCAGCAAUUACCGGAAGCUCUGGUCCUCAAGGUGCAGCUUUUCCACUCGCGCACAUGCUGAAUGGACCUGGCUCAUCUGAUCGACAAACUCGGCGCAAGGCAUACAACGUUUGUCAAGCCCUCACAGAGCUCUGCGUAAACCUUUGUGAAGGAACAGUUGCCCCGGCAAGCCCUUUCAGGCAGCUCAACGGAGAAUCUCGACGUAGUAGCAUGCAAUUCAUCGCCGAGCCCACCCACACACCUACCUUUGUCCACGCUCGUAGCGGUUCAGUCGAACCUGAGGCCGUUGCUCGCAGCCCAAGCCGCGCUCUUUCACGUGUCGAAGCUCGUCGAACAUUCGGCCCACUAGAUCGUUCUUCUCGUCAGGUUAGCGAAGAACCAGGAACCCCAUCCCUCUCGCGCUUCGGUCGUGGAGGCUCCAUCCUCUCCUCUCGUCACAAUUCUAUUGGCCCUUAUGAUGAUGAUGAGGAAGACAAGACCAUUCGCGUCCCGAGCCGUGCAAUGACCGAAUACGCACAUCUUAGGCCACAACCUUCUACCGCGCCACGUAGCCACCGCCACUCGCGAGAAUACACAAGCCAGGAGCCUCUCCCCCAAAGGAGGUUUGGAACUCGAGAUUCGAGCAGUGUGAACAGCAGCGUGGAUUGAAGUAUUGAUAAAAAGCUUGGAAUGCAAUUGACAUGAAAAUACAGCGUGCCUUGGAUGAUACGAACAAGAUGACAGCGGACGGACGAGCCAAAAGACUAUCAAGUAAUGCCGAGCGAUGAACAUUGGUCCCUGUUCCCCCUUUAUAUUUGUAUGUGCGCUUGGAUCCCACGAUUGAUGGGUCACACAUCCGUUCCCAAUGCAACACGGGCAUCUACAUGGAUGGUUUGCAUCUUAACGAAAUGAUAGACAGCACCUGCACGACUCUCU